CUGUGAUCCCCUUUCUGAUGAAGAACCAGAGGAUGAUCAUUGCGAGAUGAAGCAGGAAGGAGACCCUUGUGCCAGUUUACUGCAUGGAGCGACUUUCUCUCUGUUAAAAUUCUGUUUUUCUUCAUGUUUUCCUCCCCACUAACUUCCACGAGAGAUUUUUCAUGUUACUUUUGAGAACGGUUUUUCUCUCUCUCUCUCUCUUUUACAAAUUUUCUCUCGGUUUUCAUCCAUCGAAGAAAAAACCGCGGAUUUCCCGCCAAUUUUCUCUCAUGCCCCCCACAAAGAGCGAGAGAUCAAUUGGGAAAUUUUUGGAGGAGAAGCGCGAAAAUCAGCUAAAAAUAUCCGCCUGAAAAGCUGAUUUUCCGAAAUUUUUCGUCAAUUUUUUUUUAUCUUUCCUAACUUCACCAUCGUUGCGUGGGAAAUUUUCACUGAUCGUGCGUGAAAAGAGAGACAUUUUCCCGUGAAGAUUACUUUUGUGUGCAAUUUAUUCCACCCAAAAUGGAUCUUUCGACUGAUGUGUGGGGACAAAUUGCCCUGGAGGCAUCGCAAGUGUACCUCACCGAUGGCACUAAGAGAAGCCCAUUUGCUGACACGACGAUUGAGAAACUCCCGGACAAGGUUCUGCUGAACAUCUUCUCCUACCUCAGUCAUCUGGAGAUCUGUCGCAUGGCCAGAGUCUGUCGACGGUGGCGUCAAGUGGCUUACGAUACGCGUCUAUGGAAGAAUGUCUCUCUGCGUCCGGAAGUGUCCGGAUUGCAUGUGGGAUCACUUGAAUCUCUACUGGGACUGAUUUCUGUGAGAUUUGGACCAUCUUUGCGAUACAUCGAACUGCCCAUUGAACUGAUUACUCACACUGUUCUGCAUGAACUUGCCGCAAAGUGUCCUAAUCUUACUCACAUGCUCCUGGAUUUCUCAACUGCCAUGCAACUUCACGAUUUCAGUGAAAUGCAGGCCUUUCCCACAAAACUGCGCUACAUGUGCAUCUGCCUUUCGGAGGUGAUCUUCAUGGAGGGCUUCAUGCGUAAGAUCUACAACUUUAUCAAUGGCCUGGAAGUGCUCCAUCUUCUGGGCACGUACGAAAAGUGCGAAGAAGAGGAAGAAGAAAUCUACGAAGUAAUCAACGUUCACAAACUCAAAUCCGCCACCCCAAAUCUCCGCGUCAUCAAUCUCUACGGAAUUAAUUUUGUGGACGAUUCCCACAUCGAUGCCUUCAGCUCCAAUUGCAUCCAACUCGAGUGCCUGGCCGUGAACUAUUGCAAUAAAGUCACGGGAUCCACCCUAAAGACUCUCAUUCAACGUUCUAAGCGCCUCACGUGCCUCCUGAUGAACGGAACAAAUCUCAAGUCUGAGUAUCUCCUGCAAGUGGAGUGGGAUAAGUGUGCUCUUCAGGAGCUUGAUAUUACGGCCACGGAUCUCAGCACUGAAGCCCUGAUUGAUCUCCUGGCGAGGAUUCCAACACUACGCUUUCUCAGUGCUGGACAGAUCAAUGGGUUCAAUGAUUCUGUGCUGAAAGCUUGGAUGGAAGCUGGCAACACAAAAUCCUUGAUAGCCUUGAAUCUCGACGCUUCGGACAAUCUCUCGGAUGAGGCUCUCCUGAAAUUCCUUACGCGCUACGGAGGGCAACUUCAUGCAUUGGUUCUCUCAGGAAUGCCCCAUAUCACCGAUCAACUUUGGAUGAGCGUCCUGCCCAUCCUUACAAAUGCCCGGAUCCUCGUCAUGGGCACCACGGAGCGCCUCUCCGUGAACAUUCACGUGGAUCAGCUAAUGGACGCAAUCGCUUCCUACUGCUCUAAAUUGGAACGUCUAGAGCUCAAAUGGGAUCCGGACAAUUUGAGAUUCUCAGACAAGAGUCAGAAGGCAAUUGAUUUGCUGCGAGUAAAAUGCUUGAAAUUGCGAUGCAUGGUUCUCAGCGAUGGACGCUACUAUGAGACAGUGAAGGCAAACUUUGAGCGAGCUGAUCGGACAACUGUGGUGAGAACAACAACAUGCUGCCAGGUUUCGGCUUAUCACCUCCUCAGCAACUACAAUGACUUGGUAUUCAAUUGAUGAGCCAUGCGAUAGAGAGGACAGCAGAUUUGUUAAUUUGUUUUUCUUUGUUGAACAAAUAGAAAUAAAUUUGAAUUUGUUUUUUUUUCUCAGA